AUGGUCGUUCUCUUUGGCACCGAAAUACUCGGCCUGAUUGCCAAUUUGGUCUUCUGGGAUCAUCACAUGGAAUCCAUGAACAGUCAUCUCUCCGAAUUCGGGCAGCAAAAAGCAGAACUUAAGCCAGGGGUCGAUAUCGAUGAGCUCAUUUCCAUUGUGCUAGCCGGCCUUAUCAUGCUCUGGGCCGACCUCGUCAUCUUCCAGUUUUAUCGAUACAUCAGAGAUCGUCAGAUUGAAGAGGAGCAAAGCGGUCAGCUGCCCCUCCAUAAUCAACCGCUGAAGGCU